UCACCGGAAUGUCCAGACAUGGCUCGUUUUGACGGCAUUGCUACUUUAGAAUGGGAUGUGCAUAUACCACCGAAGAGGGUCUAAGGAAAAUGGGAAUGCGACAUUUAUGGUUUAAUUCAUUACAACUUCGAAAAUGAAUAUUCUGAUCACUUUAUGCUUGCUUUUGUGCUCCGACCUAAUGGAUUGCGCGAUUGGGUAUUUAGUAGUCUCCAUAGAGCCUCUUCCACCUGUAGUUAUGGGGGACACAGUGACUUUGAAGUGCAAUUUCAGGACUGAUGGCAACCUGAGAGAAAUAGUGUGGUUUCGGGUUACAGAGGGUGGUAGAUCUAAGCAGAAAAUCUUUACUUAUGAUGCCAUGUACAAUACCAAUUUCUCUCACAUGGAGGAUUACCGCAGAAGAGAGGAGUUUGCUUACCAGACCACUGUUAGGCUCCCUGAGGUGCAGAUGGAAGACAACGGGCCAUACGAAUGCCACGUGGGGAUCUAUGACAGGACGUACAGAGAGAAGGUGGUCUUAGCAUCUGGAAGCAUAGCAGUUGUUGUUAUGUCACCUCCAAAAUCCAUCUCUGUAAUUGCAGUAGACCAGCCAACACGAUUCAAUCGCUAUGAGGCACAAAACUUCACACUCUUAUGCACCGUGACUGGAGGAAAGCCCGCUCCUGUGGUGUACUUUAAAAGAGAUGGAGAGCUAAUCGAGGUGCUACCCUCCACCCAGUCCUCUGAUGGGGCUGAAAGCAGGGGCUUGUCUGUGCCCAUAGAUAGUAGGUCUCUGAUCAGCCGAGACCUUGACGACACCAAGCUGCAGAGGUCCAUUUCUUUCCUCAACCCAGGCAUUGAGCCAGCACGCUCAGAUGGGGUGCGGCCCCAGCAGAGAUACACAUCAGGGGCCACAGGCCAAGAGGGCCCCAAACCCACCACCGAGAUCAUCCCAGAGACUGUGGUUAGCAGGGAGUUCCCACGCUGGGUACUGAGCUCCAGCCCACUGUACUACUUCGACUACACAGAGACUGAGGCGAACGAUGGCACCAUUGAAGUGCAGGCCAUGCUCACGUGGCACCUGAACCCACAGCUGGACAGUGAGGCCAUGUUCAGCUGCGAGGUCAAGCACCCGGCUCUCUCCAUGCCCAUGCAGGCUGAAGUCAUCCUCUCUGCUCCAAAGGGACCUAAGCUCUCCGCGACUCCAUGCAGGGCAAAAGUGGGAGAUACAGUUCGAAUUGCAGUGGAGGGGUUCCAGACGGGUGUAAAAGGGAACGAGGUGUUCCCAGAGCCUCUGUUCACAUGGAGCCAUGUGGGAGGUCUCCUGUUGGAUGGCAGUGCUGAGAGGGAGGGGAAAGUUCUCGUUCUGGAGCGAGUCCCCGCAGAACUUAACGGCUCCUUGUACCGCUGUUCUGCUGAGAACCCCCUGGGCUCCACCAAUUCUUACCUACGUCUCAUCAUCUUCGAAAAUCCAAGAAUAAAGAAGGAGACACUACAAUUUAAUGUGGCUGAUUCGGGUGGAGCUGAAUUUGGGCCCACGCACAUCAUGCUGCUGCUGUCAGUGACCCUGGAGUUCACAUGAAAGAGAUGUGGUCUCUCCUCUACAUUAACUUUCUCAACUGUCCAGUCAUCUGCUAUCUGUCUCGCUAUCUCUCUCCGCCUGAGCUCAGCACAGGCUAUGGAGACAGAUGAAAUAUACUGGAAAGAGAAGUCCAAAUGCACACUGCUUCAGCCAUGGUUCAGUUACCAUCACCCGUCGGUUUGGGGAAAAAGCUCUUUUGUCUUCGCUUUGAACCAAUUUUUCCCUAGCUCUGCGCACAGAGUUUUUUUUUUCAGAAUGUAAACGCAGCGAUACUGAUUAAAUUUCUUCUACAUGCGGUGAACAUGCAAUUUAGGGGCAUGUUUUGGAAAUCGUUUACCAUUUUCAAAUACAGGAAAAACGGCUCGAAAUCUAUUGCCAAAUCAGUGUCACUUACCAAUAUGGACUGUAGAUGGCAGUGGAGUCUUCCAGACGAGAUUAUUCAGCUUGUGUCAAAAAGACAUCCACAAGACCGCAUGACUGAUGAGCAGUGCGAGUUUGGUAUGUUCUAUGGCAGUUAUUGAAAAAGCUAGUAAGAUGUUUAAAAACCAACAGCAUUUGCACUUCAUGCAAAGUGUUGGUAGUACAUUUUAUUUAUUAUUUAUGUUUUUCAAAUUCUGUGAACUAUGAUAUUUGGAAAGAAUAAUUCAAGACAAAAAAAAAACGGUAUUUAAUCGUCAUCAACUCCAAUGAUAUUUGUGAUAGUGUACAUUUUACCUGGCUUUUAACUUUAUUUGGACAAGGACAUAUCGGUAAUUGUACUUGUGUCUCAGUAGCUGACAGCCUAAACAAUACUCGCAGGAACAACAAUAAAGAUGUCUCGACUUGUUCAAAA